CAGACAGUGUCGCGUGCAGACAGUGUCGCGUGCAGACAGUUAACAGGCCUACAUCGUCAAGAAAAAAAUUAUUAUGUACGUGAAACUAAAUCAACUGAGAAGCUGGGGUACUACUCCCAUCGCAAAGAAGGUGUUUUUAUACAGAGGUGAUUCGACCAAGUUGCAAGUAGAUGCAAUCGUGAACGCAGCCAACGAGCGCAUGCUUGGCGGUGGUGGCAUAGACGGAGCCAUCCACCGCGCUGCAGGCCGAGAUUUGUAUGACGAGUGCGAGCGUGUUGAACAGGUUAGACCGAGAGUUCGAUGUCCCACGGGUGAAGCUCGUCUAACCAAAGGCUACAAUCUUCCAGCCAAACACAUUAUCCACACUGUAGGCCCUAUCGGUGAGAAACCGGAUAAGUUAGAGAGCUGCUAUGCGUCUUGUCUGAAUCUUGCGAAAACGAACAAUAUACGUUCUCUGGCAUUUUGUUCGAUAUCUACGGGUGUAUUUAUGUACCCUAUAGAAAAAGCGACCGAAGUAGCUCUGUCUACUACCAAACGAUGGUUGGAAGAGGGCGAUAACAAUGAUGCGAUCGACGGCAUUAUCUUCACUGUAUUUUCGGAUAGAGAUGCUGAUGUGUAUAGGCAACUGCUGACUACGCACUUUGGGCCUCAGCACCGAGAAGUAGUGAAUGUGGACGCUGGGGAUGACGAAAGGGGCAACUAAAACGACACAUUUGCUUGUCAAAGCGUCGGCAGGGCAUGGUUCACAACUUCCAAGCUCGACAUGGUCUGAUUGGCUUGUGAUCGUAGAUAGAGAAAUGAGAUCGAGUGCACGCCAUCCUGAUUCGGUUUAAAUAUACUCGAUAACAUGGGAGGUACAAGUCUACGACACAAAUUAUGAUUGUGCGUACUAAUAAGAGGAAGCAAUGGAGUUGGGAGCGUAGUAAAAGAAGGGCUGAUCGCGGCUACUACAAGCCUGGAGGAUUUUAUACUCUCCCUAUUCAACGGCCUCCCAACGGUACAAAUGGGAAUUAUCGCCUUGAGAUGGUGUGCGCCACGUGCAUGCCAUCUUUCGGCCACAGAUGCCUGUGACGCUUCCAUUAAGAUCGGAAAGUAGGACUUGACCUUCGGAACGCAAUGAAUAACUUUAAAUGAGUCGUCAGGCAAAAUAGGCCCAAUACAACCAAUUAAAAAUAUCAGUUGCGAAAGUUUGUUUCUGGAUGAC